UUUUCUACAAUUUAGCAACGCGACAAUAUGUCAAAAAUUUGGGACAAUGUAGCGUUAGUGCUUUGAUAGAAGUAAAUUUGAAAAAAAAAUCUGUUCUUGUGGAGGAAAAAUGGCGAAGUCGGUGAUUCUUCUAGCCGCUCUAAUAUCGUCUGCUUUAGCCAGUUUUCUGGAGGUAGAUUACCCGAACGUGAAUGUUUCAGCGGAAAGAAACGGUGAUGCUAUCUUUGAGGCUGGUGCCGGCGGCAGUGUAUUUCUUCAGCCGGGGGCUGGUGGAACAGUAUAUAUAAAUAAAACUGACCUUAAAAAGUUCAUUGAGAAAGUUAAAAGUUUACCUCCUAUUUGGACAAAGCGAUCACAACACGGUAGUCUAGGAACAUUUCUGUCAGGCCAAUAUGUACAGGUCAGCGUUGAGGCCGUGGAUCCUGACGGAAGUAGUAUUAUUUACAGCUUAAUUUCCGGUCAUCUUCCUCCCGGCACUGUUCUCAAUAUGACUACUGGGGAAAUCAGCGGCCGGGCACCAGACAUCGAUGCAGAGUACUCGUUUGGUAUCCGGGCAACUGAUAUCCACGGCAAAUAUGCAGAUGGAGUUUUUAGUAUUGAUAUAAGAGAAAAAGAUCAGUGUUUGAGUAACCCAUGCAUGAACGGAGGUACUUGCACAGAUGAUCUCGGCCAGUUUAACUGCUCUUGUCCCUUACGUUACGGUGGAAAUAAAUGUCAGACAGUUUGUGACGUGAACGCUUUGGGAGUAUCCAACAGUCUAAAAACGAUACCGGACGCCCAGAUUUCUGGUCAUCUAACAUUUGGGUCAAAUAAUCCAUGGGACGGAAGACUUGGAUCGUCAACUGGCUGGGUUGGCAACGAUAGCAACUCUUGGCUCCAGGUGGAUUUAGGGGAAUCACGAGAAGUGUAUGCAGUGGCAACACAGGGAUAUCAUUCCACCAGCUAUUACAUUUCAUCGUUCACCGUCACGUACAGUGUGGAUGGGAAUACAUUUGUGUACGCGACUGCCAACGGUUCUACAAAUCUUAAGGGCAGCUCUAACUACGAUAUGAUUCAAAAGGAAAUGUUUGACAAGCCGAUCAAGGCCCGUUUCCUUAGGUUCAAUCCUGUGACAUGGCACACUGGAGGACAUCCGGGUCUUAGAGUAGAAGUGUACGGCUGUUAGGACACGUGACUCACUAGCGGACAUCAUAGGGAGGAAUGCUUUAAGACAAACUGCUCUCUAAAAAUAAACUGAAAAUUUAUGUACAACACAUUUACAUACAGAAGUUCUUUUUGUACUAUCUUUCGAUUUGUAUUUGUAAAUGAACUAUCCUGGAUUUAUCAUUAAUAAAAGUAUGAGUUCACUGUAUAACUGAUUAAAUAUUUUAUAAUGUAUUGUAGCAUUCUUCAUGCAUUGAUAGAAUUACAAAACAAAUAAAUUUCAUCAAAUCUA